CUACAAUAAACCCAUUGGAGUCUUCGAGCAUCGAUGCUCCGAUCCUGUGGGAAACUCUGACAAUUCAAUUUGCGCUCGUUACAGGUUACUUCUCUGGCACCGACUGUAUUUAUAGGUAACUCAAUACGGAAGAAAUGGAGCGACAUGUGGCCCACAAAAUUAGAAAAAGAAAUGUUCCUCGUCACAUCAUAAAUGGAGAGUUUCGAGCUGCCAAAGUAACCGGCGUGACUCCGGCGGCUUCUCGUCCAGAAGUUGUUUCUUUGAACGCUUUUGUUUAGUGGCGGAGGAGCCGAUGGUAACCUCCUGGGGACGUGCGCGCAGACUUUGCCAUCGAUUCCCAACAUAACACAGUGCGGGCCUAAUGGUCGGACAUUUGAUCUAACAUGAUGAAGGCUGAAGGUAAAGGUGAGAGAACGUUCAGGAGCGCUUCGCCCCACAGGAAUGCGUACAAGACGGAUUUUCAGGCUUUGAGGUGCACUUUUGAUGGAAGCAAACAGGAAACCGUUUCUAAAAUGGGUGCCCAGAAAACAAGCCGAGAGACUGGGCACAGGGAAGAGAUGAGAGGAAGGCAUUUCGGCAAUCGUGUACAUAAAAUAAAAAGUAUGCUGCUGCAAAUGGGCAACACACCCGAUGAAAUCAACGAAGGCAGCAAGCCUGAUUUGCGUCCAGUUUCUCCGCAAAAACAAUCAAGUGGAGUUGUCUAUAACAGUGCCCAUAAGACAUAUCAAAAGACAUCCAGUUCCGAUAAAACGAAUAGUGAAGAUGGGGAUUUGGACAAAACUAGCAUGGCUGAAAAAUUCUCAGAAACCAGAAGACUCUUUGAGCGUCAAAGUGAGGAAAAAGUAUUUGAUAAAACCCCUCACAAAAACGAUAACAAAGUUUCAGUAAUAAGUGUUUCAUCCGAGAGUAGAAAGAGCGGCUCUUCGUCUUCAGAAAGUGGAGGCAGAAAAGUUAAGAGCGACUCAAAUCCCUCUGUUUCCAACAGCGAUUUGAAAGAUCGAAGUAAUCUGAAAACCACUAGCGAUUUAAAACAAAAUCAUCCUCGCUCAUCUCUAAACGCUGGCCCAAUUUCGAGACGAUUAGAAAGCUUUCUAGCGGAUAGUGACAGCGAUGAAACAAACAAAGACACCAAAACAAAGACCUCUGCUACUGACUAUCAGAUUUCUGGAGGGCAUCAAAUGCCGCCCAGCAACACAGUGAAUAGUAAAAGCACGUCCCCUGCAGGAGAUGAUGAUGAAUCAUCUCGUUCGAUUUCAAUAGGUGGACCGAAAAGUAAAGAUCAGAAAGAAGCAGAAAUACCGACCUGUAGCAAUAAAUUAAGGACUUGUGAAAGUGACUACUGGGAACCAGAUCAACGUAAAAACAAAUCCCUUGGUUUCUCUGAAUCGUCGUCCUCCCGUAAAACUGUUCCUGUGAGCAGCAGCGUCUUUAACAGCAAUUUGGAUCGCCAUGUUUCAGAUACGGGUGCAAAUAAAAUAGGAGUAGUUCGGGCAGAGUUGGUGGAAAUUCAGAACGAAUCUUCGGGAAGUGAAAUUGAACUGGAUAAUGUUUUUAUUGAGAGGGAGCUAGAGAAAUCAGUGGAACCAUUUGCUCCGAGUAUUAGCCAUGACAUAGGACAGUCGCAUGAAACUUCUGUGAGCAAAGAACAUGAAGACCAAAUAUUUGAAGAGAUACUGACCAAAUCAGAUGACAGCGUCGGAGAAGAGGAAGAUGAGGAUAUUGAGAACAUUGAAGAGGAGGACAGAGUUAGUGGAAAGUUAUUUGUUGGGUCAGAAGUUUGUGGAAUAGAGAAUGCUGCAUUUGUGGAUGAUAAAGAUACUGAAGAAUCGUUACCAGAAGAAAACGAAAGCAAGUGUGAGGAUGAGUAUUUGUUUGAAGACGCCAGCUAUAUCCUUGAUGAUGAUUAUGAGGAAAUAUCCGGACUUUCUGAGGAAGAGGAGCCAAACUUACAUAGAAAGGUUCACUUCUCUACAUCUCCAAUCAAGGUUUAUAGUACCUACUCAAAUGAUGACUAUGAUCGACGCAAUGAGGAAGUUGACCCUGUGGCUGCUUCAGCAGAAUAUGAGUUGGAGAAGAGAGUGGAAAAAAUGGAUGUUUUUCCAGUUGAAAUUGAGAAGGGUGAAGCUGGUCUUGGAAUUAGUAUCAUUGGAAUGGGUGUUGGAGCAGAUCAAGGGCUUGAAAAGCUAGGGAUUUUUGUGAAAACUAUCACUGAAGGUGGAGCAGCAUAUAGAGAUAAACGAAUUCAAGUAAAUGAUCAGAUAGUUGAAGUGGACGGGGUUAGUUUGGUUGGUGUCACGCAAAUCUUUGCAGCUACUGUAUUGAAGAACACUAAAGGCAUAGUUAGAUUCCGUAUUGGUCGAGAAAAACCUGGACAACAGAGCGAGGUUGCUCGUCUUAUCAGUGAAACAUUAGAACAGGAAAGAUGCCAGGAGGCACUUCUGGAGCAGCACUGUACCCGGUAUAGUACAAGUGAUAAUGAACAGUCCGAAGAGUUUCCUGAAGAUGAAAGAACAAUUUCAAAUGAAGUUGGAGCUGGAGGGACAGUUGAAGUUGCUCAACAGACUGAAGAUGAAAAUUUAUAUUUAGCAUCAGACAUGGAUUCAUUACUUACUCUUAAAUUGAAAGAGCUUCAAACUAAGAAUGCAGUAACUGCAGCAGAAGUCAGUGAAUUGGCAGAAAGGCUGAAAAUUGCUGAAGCAGAGAAAAUAAAAUGGGAAACAACAAAGAUGCAACUUCAGCAAAGUGUUGAAGAGAAUAAGGAGAAAAUGCAAAAGGUGGAAAGGUACUGGUUAGAAGCGCAAAACCUUUGCAAAAUGGUAAAUGAACACUUGAAAGAGACCCAAUCUCAGUAUGACGUUUUGGAGAAGAAAUAUAACAAAGCUAAGAAACUGAUAAAGGAAUACCAACAGAAAGAGAUUGAAUUCAUUAAAAAGGAAGAGGAUUACAGAAAAGUUCUGGAAGAUCAAGAAAAAGAACAUGCAAAACAGCUGAGAGCACUACAUGAUCAGAUACUAGAACUGAAAACUGAACUGCAGUCCACUGGACAAAUGCCUCCAGUACUCAGCAACAACACGCUGCAUGAAACGGUAGUGGAGUUUGAGAGUCAAGAGCAGUUUGAAGAUAAUUUUAGUAAAGAGGAAGAUGACACAAACCAAACUCCCAAAACUGCUUUGGAAUGGGAAUGUAGCAGUACUUCCAAAAUUUGUGAUUUUGAUGAGGCUGUUCCUGAAACCAAGCGACUAGAUACGAGUUCACACAAAGCGAAAGCCCAACUUGCUUUGAAAGUUAAAAGACAGCCUCCAUCUAGGUUUAAACUAAAAGAAUCCUUUGAAGUUGGCGAUGAUUGUGAAAAUAUACAGGAUAAUGAUGAAAAUGAUGAAGAAAAUGAAGAAAUUCAGCAAGCAGAAUCCUCACUUGUCCGGAGUAGCUUGGAUUCUUUACAUGCUGUUGAAGAUACAUCUGUCCCUAAGAUGAAAGAUGUAACAUUAGAUGGAAAGUGUGAUGUGGAGAGCAUAACGAGCUUGCAUGAUGGAAGCUCAUCUGCAUCCCCUUGUUCCUCUCCUGUUCACAAGAUAAUUGAGAGCGAUGUGAGCAUAAAACAUUCAAUUUCUAGAGUCACAGCACCUUCAAGUUCUCCCACCUCACUUCUUUCAAUGAUGAAGAAACGUGAAUCAAAAGGCAAAGGAAAAGAGACCAAUGAAGACAAGAAAAGUGAGGAAGAACCAUCCUGUGGAAUUGAAAAUACAUCAGGAAAACUUAAAAGAAGAUUUCCUGAUUUUGGUGGAUUAAGAAAAUCUGGUGGAAAAGGCAAGAAAUUAGAUAAAGAAGAUCGUCGAACCUCUCUGGGUAGCAGGGGAUCAAAAGAAAUGCUUGAGAGCUCAGGUGGUAACCUUUCUGCUGCAGAUUCAGUCACAUCUAUACCAACUUGCAUGCCCUUUUCUUGGUUUGGUGAUAGUCGUAAGGAAGCAGUCUCUUCCAACAGCAGCCUUCAUUCACCUCCAAGUUCACACGACAUCUUUUGUGAAGAGGACAAAGAGACACCUGGAAAUAAAGUAUCUGAUCAAGCAAUGACAGGAAAACAGAACCAAUGGCAAAAUCGAGCAGUUUCUCAGUGGACAACCCAACAAGUCUGUCACUGGCUGAUGGGAAUGAAUUUAGAGCAAUACACAGCAGAAUUUGUUUCUAAAAAUAUUGAUGGAGAACAACUAAUGCAACUAGAUAGCAGCAGACUUAAGACUUUAGGUGUUGCCAGUCAAAAUGAUCGUGCCACAAUAAAGAAAAAACUUAAAGAAAUGAAAAAAGCACAAGAAAAAGUAGAAAAACAAAGAGAGAAGAUUCAAAAGAAAGAAAAGGAUCAACAGAGGAAAGCUGGUAAACAAGCCACCUCUGUGGAAACAAUCUGUUAAAUGUGACUAAACUUGUAAUGGAGAUUGCUUUAGACUAUUGUGCUUGGCAGUGUUAUAGUAUAUUAUAUACUUCACAAACUACAUCAUUCAGAAAUAAGAAAAGACACAAAUUUGUUAGUUUAACAUUUCUAUUAGAUAAAUUUAUGGUACAUUUUGAAGUGUGUUUGGACUAGGUUAAUUUCUGUAUAUAUUGUUAAUACAUUUUUGUAGGUUUAUAAUUCUAUACAGUUUUAACUAGCUCUGGCCUUAUGGUAAUAAAUGAAAUUAAUAUUUUAAUAAAACCUAGAGCACCAUUAAAAUUUGGUAUAAUACUUUGACAAAGGGUUAUGAGAAGUAUCUUUAAUUGUGAUACAAGCUUACACUGCAAGAAAAGAGUCAUUUAUGUACAUUUUUUUUAGGAAAAUAUAAUGCAACAUUGAAACACUUAAUGUUAUGUCUAUGGGCUAAAUUGCUGCAGGGUUUAUGAUGCAGUUCACAAAAGGUGAUACAUUUUGUACGUAGAAUGCAGACUGUACAAUUUUACAUUUUUAUAAUUCUGUACUUUAUUCAUUGCAGGUAAAGGCCAGCACUGUUUUGUAUGUUUUUUCUAAUCCUCUCCAUUGAGUUAAUACAAAUUUAUUUCUUUUUAUCCAAAGAAUAAAAGGUAACUGGAGAGUGAUUAUUAGAAAAUACAUUGAACAUUCUAAUAUUGCAGACCACAAAGGCUAUGCUUUGUGAGGGCUGUUAUCUUCUGUAUCCAGGAAGAGACUAUUUUAAUAAUCAUUUCUCCCAGUGACAAAUGUUGCCAAUGUCUAAGGCUUGGAUGGUUCUUUGCUUUCACUUUUUACACUUAUCUGAUCUUUCUCACCCAAACGUCAGCUUUUGUUAUUACUUGAAAUCUUAAGAUUUUUGUAUAUGCCAUUAGAUAUUUUUUUGUAUAUCUCGUGUAGCUGCACAUCAAGAUAUCAUCCAGUAUAAUCUGAAGUACUUUUACUCAUUUCCUCUCCAAUACGCUAUCAAAAGCUAAAUCAUUGCGAAUGAUUAUUUACUUACAUCUCUCCAUUCUAUGUUAGGACAGCUUCCUGUUUAUUUUCCUCUGGAAUUUCUGUUUUUUCCAUGUUGUCUCAUGGUUUUCCUGAUCUCUAUCUCAACUGCAUUCUCUUGUCUUCUUUAUCUAGCUUGAUAUAGCACUCGUGUGAGCAAAUUCAAAACUGGUGCCCCAAAACCACCUGUAUUCCCUUGUCAGACGUUUUUUUUUCUAAAUAAUACAGCUAGCUAAAUAAAAUAAAAUAUCAACAUAUUUUUUGUAUUUUAUUUAAUGUUUCAAUGAGAUUUGGCAAAUAAUAUUAAAACAACGGGGGAAUGGGGAGAUUAUGCAAGAAAAACAAUUAGUUUUGGUACUUCACAUGAAAAAUAUUCAUUUUUUAAUGGCAUUCGCUUGAAUUUAAAAUUUCAAAGGAAAAACUGUAAGCAGUGAGCCAUUAUACUAUCAUUGAAAUAUCAGGUUGAAUGUGCAUUGGGAAUGUACUUUUUGACUGUGGGUCUUAAUGCCAAUGACUGGAUCCAGGGUGCUGCAUUCAGUAGUAUGAUGUAAUUACUGCAAAAUGUAUUAUGAAAUUGUAUUAUGGAACUGAUCUUUGUGUUCUUCUGGAAAGUUAGGAUUUUUUUCCUUUCGUUGCUAAACAAAAGUUGUAAUGAAAAGGAAAGAAAAAUCAUUCAUUCCUAAUAGUUUAUCCACUGAAUAAAAAUGAAU